AUGUCUAAUCAACAUUUUAUGUACGUUUCUAUAGAUUCUGUAUACAAAUUCCGUAUAUUUAAUAAGCAAUUCGUUUUUGAACAUUUUUUAAAAAAGCUAAUGUAUACGAAUGUAUACGGAAAAAUUAAUCAUGCAGAAUGUAUACGGAAUUUUUAAACUUAAUAUUUUUAGAAGAUAAUUUUACAAAAAUCCCGUAUCAUAACACGAGAUCACGUGAUUGUUUAUAUGAUACCGUUUUUUGUAAUUUGUUUUUUAUAUAAACCCUUACUUUGAUGAAUUUGAUCUUCCUUUCUGUCUUUCCUUUCUCUUUUCUCGUCUUAUUUUUGUUAUUUUUUCUAAAUUUUUCUUCUUUCUUCGUUACCCCCUUUUAAAAAAAAUUUUUUUUUCGU